GGACACAAAUUAGGGACGGUUACAUUUCCUUCUGUGGUUUCCGCAGUUAUAAUCUUUCAACUUUAAUAAGACGUUUUACUUUCCUCCGUGACCCAGUUUGUUGUUGAUUCAGAGAUGGACCGCAGCAGGUCACGUGACAGGAGCGGCAGAGAGAAAAAACACGACAAAAAGAAAAAACGGAGGCGCUCCUCUUCCUCCUCCUCCAGCAGGACCCCAGACCUGAAACUGCAAAGAAAGAAACGCAAACGGACUCCUUCCUCCUCCUCAUCGUCAUCAUCGUCGUCGUCUCCGUCCUCGUCUUCUUCGUCCUCAAGCGAUGAAAAGACGACGCGAAAGAAAAGUAAAGCGAAGAAACGAAAGUUGAAGAAGAAAAAGCUCAAGAAGCAGAGGAAAAAGGAGAAGAAAAAGGAAAAACGGAGGGAAAAGGAAGAAAAGAAGAAAGCAGAAGCACUGAGAGCCAGAGGUUCGGAGGAGAAAGCUGCUCCUUUCCUGCAGGUGUGGCAGGCUGAUGAUGGAGCAGGAGAGCUGGGACCCGUCAUGACAGAUGAACAGAAGGCACGACUUUCUACGAAGAGGCCGCUCACCAAAGAGGAGUACGAGGCCAGGCAGAGUGUGAUCCGCAGGGUGGUGGACCCCGAAACAGGACGCACCAGGCUAAUGAGAGGAGAGGGCGAGAUUAUCGAGGAGAUCGUCAGCCGAGAAAAACACAGAGAGAUCAACAAGCAAGCUACCAGGGGAGACGCAGACGCCUUUCAGAGAAAAUUGGGACUCAACAGACAGAAGAUGUAGUGAUGACCUGCAUAAAGUGUCACAAACGUGAAAAAACACAUUUUGAACACGUGAAACCUAAUUUUUUGUUUUGUUUUUAAUAAGACAUUAAAAUGUUUAUGUUGUUGCAUAUUUAAUUAUUGGGUAUGUAAAUUUAAGUCCGCUUUGUGCUCAAACCAAAUUUUACCAUGU